CCUUCUUUCCCGAUGAUGGAGACUGUGAGCCGGAGCUUCCAGCCCCAUCCAGGUCUGCAGAAGACCCUGGAACAGUUCCACCUGAGCUCCAUGAGCUCUCUGGGCGGCCCGGCCGCCUUCUCCGCCCGCUGGGCUCAGGACAUUUACAAGAAGGAGAGCGGCAAGGAGCCCGAGCCCAUCCUCCACCUGCCCCCGGUGCAGCAGCCGCCGCCGGUCAUCCCCGGGGGCCCGCUGUUCAUGCCAUCCGACCGCUCGACGGAGCGCUGCGAGACCAUCCUGGAGGGGGAGACCAUCUCGUGCUUCGUGGUCGGCGGGGAGAAGCGCCUGUGCCUGCCGCAGAUCCUCAACUCGGUGCUACGCGACUUCAGCCUGCAGCAGAUCAACUCGGUGUGCGACGAGCUGCACGUCUACUGCUCCCGCUGCACGGCCGACCAGCUGGAGAUCCUGAAAGUCAUGGGCAUCCUGCCCUUCUCGGCGCCCUCCUGCGGCCUCAUCACCAAGACGGACGCCGAGCGGCUGUGCAACGCCCUGCUGUACGGGGGCACCUACCCGCCGCGCUGCAAGAAGGACUUCCCGGGCGCCCUGGAGCUGGAGGUGACCGAGAGGAGCUUCAGGGUCUACCACGAGUGCUUCGGCAAGUGCAAGGGCCUGUUCGUGCCGGAGCUGUACGCCAACCCCAGCGCCCCCUGCAACCUGUGCCUGGACUGCCGCCUGCUCUACGCGCCGCACAAGUUCGUCGUCCACUCGCACAAGGCGCUGGAGAACCGGACGUGCCACUGGGGCUUCGACUCGGCCAACUGGAGGGCGUACAUCCUCCUGGCCCAGGAUUAUGCCGGCGACGAGGAGCAGGCCAGGCUGGGCAGGCUGCUGGAGGAGAUGAAGGAGAUGUUCGACUACAGCAACAAGUACAAGAGGAAAACUUCCAGGAUUCCUUCAGAACCGCCAACUAAAAAGUCCAAAUCAGAAGAUGCCAUCAUCCACUCCCCGAGCUCUGCUGAGAAGGACAAGUCCUCUAGUUGGUUGCGGAAUUUAUCAAACGCCAGCAAAAACAUGGGAUACGUCCACCCUCGCCAGCGCCUGUCUGCUUUUCGGCCCUGGUCCCCUGCCAUUUCUGCAAACGAAAAGGAGAUUCCGACCCAUCUACCCACCCUGAUCCGGGAUAGUUUUUUUUUUUUUUUUUUUAUUAAGAACCUAGUUGCCCCCAAUGUUGCCCUGACACCUCCAACCCAACAGAAAGUCAUCACCAGCCCUCUUUGCGCACCUGCUGUGCCAAGAAGUACUCAAUCAUCAGGUAGCCCUGGUCAGUCUCGAAAACGAAGGCCCACGGCAGAACUUCCUCCAGCACCUGAGGCCCCCACUCCUUCUGUACCAACUCGGGAAGAAGAGAAGGAGUCUGAAACUGAGAUUGAGGUGGAAAGUAGAGAAGAAUUUACUUCCUCGCUGUCUUCGCUCUCUUCUCCUUCCUUCACAUCCUCCAGCUCUGCCAAGGAGUUGAGUUCUCCAGGCAUGCUAGCCCCAGCUGCGGUUAACCAUUCCUUUGAAGCGGCUCCUCACGGGGACUCCAUUAGCAGUGGGCUUGAGGCAGAGCUGGAGCACCUACGGCAAGCCCUGGACAGUGGUCUGGACUCCAAGGAAGCCAAAGAGAAGUUCCUUCAUGAAGUAGUUAAGAUGAGAGUGAAACAAGAAGAGAAAUUAAAUGCUGCGUUGCAGGCCAAAAGGAGCCUUCAGCAGGAGCUGGAGUUCCUCCGUGUCGCCAAGAAAGAGAAGUUGAGAGAAGCAACGGAGGCGAAACGCAACUUGCGGAAGGAAAUUGAACGGCUCAGAGCGGAAAACGAAAAGAAGAUGAAAGAGGCAAACGAGUCACGGUUACGCCUGAAGAGAGAGUUGGAGCAAGCCAGACAGAUUAGAGUGUGCGACAAGGGCUGCGAGGCUGGACGGAUACGCGUUAAAUAUUCUGCCCAGAUAGAAGAAUUGCAAGCGAAACUCCAGCAAGCAGACGGCGACAGAGAGAAGCUGCGGACAGAUCUUGCACAUGAGCGAGAAGCCAGAGAACACUUGGAAAAUGUUGUUAAAGAUCUACAGGAACAACGCUGGGCUAAGCCCAGUAGCCUUUCCAGCAGCGAACACACACGAAAAGACAUUGAAAACUAAAGCAAAAAACAAAAAAUUCUAUAUGAAGCAAAAAAACGUAUCUAUUCAUAUACAGAAUUCUACGUAUAUGCACAGGAAGAGGAGGAUGUUGCCCCGAUGUAUGCAUGAAUAGGUGCAUGUGUGAGUGUAUGGAGUGUGCGCCCUGAGCUCACACAAAUUAUUACGAACUUUAUAGAGUCCGAGAGGAAGGGAAAAUGUUACCCUGUACAACAGAAGCACUGAACUUUGCCUCUUUAGAACCCACACAGCACAACAUCUUACUGUGCCUCAGACAGAGUGUUUAUAAAAUGGAGUCACUUCGGCUCUCAAGUGAAAUUUGUUUCUUUUUUUUUUUUGUACAUGUCAACUACAAGAGAACAGCAAGAUUCGACAGUCAAGAUUAAAAAAGGAAAAAAAAAAAGCAAGCAUUAUCAGUUCUUUUAAAUUGUUCUUAAGCUUGCCUGAAACACUUUGAGAUUUACAUUUUCUUAUAAGCUAUUUAAUAUAAAGAUAUAUUAAAUGACAAGGACAAUAUAAAGACUCUAUUGAAAAUGGGGAGGGGUAAAAACAAACAGAUUUUUGUAUAACAAAACUGAAACUUUGAUGCACAAUUUUAACUGACGUUACAGGCUUUUUGGGGUUUAUUAAAAAAAGAAAAAAGAAAAAAAUGGCCCUGUGUCCCCUACUCCUGAACCUGCACAUCCCCAAUCUCAACACCGUUCACGUCGACUGUGCAAUGUAUUGGUAGCAAGCCAUCAAUAUUGAAAUAAGACUCUUCUGCAUCAAGUGGCUUCUCCUUCAGAUCUUAUCUGGAAAUAUUCGGUGUACUCCAUCUUGGUGUUUAUUUUUUAUUUGUUUUGUUUUUUUUAACCUAUAUAUAUAAAUAUAUAAAUAUAUGUAUAUUUUUUUUAAUUUUUUUUUUUUUAUUUUUGUUAACAGAGAAUGUUUUAUCUGUACGCAUGUAGGAGAGGCUAAAAGACAGACAGAAAAAUCAAAACUAACGAAUAAAAAAACAAAACAAAUUGUAUAGCCGUACUGACCAGUGUUUUUACAUCCCAUCAUAUUGGAUUGAGAUCUUUGGGUGUAUACAUAUAGAUUGAGCUCAUCGCACAGGGGGAGAGAUCGGAACAGA